AUGGCGGGGGAGGGGUGCAGUCAGCUCCAGCAGAACUCGGAACCUGGUUGCCAGGCACCCACAGUCCAGACACAGCCCCCUACCCAGCUCACUUGGCCGGAGUCACUGGAGAGAGACACAUGCUUUCCUGUUGUGUCCCGAUGUGCCGAGGCUCAGACCUCAGGAAACCCCAGAGCGGGAGCCUGUGCCAACGCCUCAGGCGCUGGAUCAGCCCUCACCUCCGAUGCUGGUGGCCUUUCGUCCGGAGGAACCCAAAGCUGUCAGACAGGGAAGGGCGGCGCGCCCAGCCCCGCAGUUGGGGAGGCUCCCAGGGGAUCUUCUGCCCUGCACCGGGCACGUGCGUUCAUCCGGGGGCAGCGGCUCGGUCCGUCCCCAGCCACUGCAGAGGGGAGGCGGGGCGAGGGCGGCACAGACAAUGGCCUGGGCCCUGGCGGAGGCGGCGUCCACCCGCCGGGCGGGGCGCUGGGCAGGGCCGCCCGACUCCUGCCCGACGCCCGGGUGAGCCCACAGCCCCAGCCGGGAAGGAGGCUGCAGGAGGCCGGACGGAACCAAGACCCGGAGCGCAUCCCCUCACCCACCCCUGCGUGGGCGCCGGGGACACCCCCACCCCCACCCUCUGCGCCACUCUGGCCUCCUCCCCCUGCCGGCUGUCAGACAGGGAAGGGCGGCGCGCCCAGCCCCGCAGUUGGGGAGGCUCCCAGGGGAUCUUCUGCCCUGCACCGGGCACGUGCGUUCAUCCGGGGGCAGCGGCUCGGUCCGUCCCCAGCCACUGCAGAGGGGAGGCGGGGCGAGGGCGGCACAGACAAUGGCCUGGGCCCUGGCGGAGGCGGCGUCCACCCGCCGGGCGGGGCGCUGGGCAGGGCCGCCCGACUCCUGCCCGACGCCCGGAGCUCCACGCAGGAGAUUGGUGAGGAGCUGAUCAACGGGGUCAUCUACUCCAUCUCCCUGCGCAAGGUGCAGCUGCACCACGGAGCCAACAAAGGCCAGCGCUGGCUCGGGUGUGAGAAUGAGUCAGGCCUGAACCUGUAUGAGACGUGCAGGGUGCGGACUGUGAAGGCAGGCACGCUGGAGAGGCUGGUGGAGCACCUGGUGCCCGCCUUCCAGGGCAGCGACCUCUCCUACGUCACUAUCUUCCUCUGCACCUACAGAGCCUUCACCACCACCCAGCAGGUGCUGGACCUGCUGUUCAAGAGUGUCACUCACAUGUGGCCUCGAGCACCAGCCCUAGCACCCAGUCCAGUGCCAGCUCCAAAGCCAGUGCCAGCUCCAGCUUCAGAGCUAGAGUCAGCUCUAGCCCCAGUUGUGGAGCAAGAGCCAGCUCCAGCACCAGCUCCAGAGCUAGAGCCAGCUCCAGCACCAGCUCCACUGCCAGUGCCAGCACCAGCUCCAGCACCAGCACCAGCACCUGCUCUAUCACACACUGUACAGUUGGAGCCAGCUCGAGUACCAGUUAUCUCAUCAGAGCCUCCCUGGCCUUCGCCUGUGGCUGUGGACGACGGGCUGAGUGAGGGGAAGCCUCGCCUCCUGGAGUUCCCUCCUGACCUGGUGGCAGAGCAGUUUACACUGAUGGAUGCAGAGCUGUUCAAGAAGGUGGUGCCCUACCACUGCCUGGGCUCCAUCUGGUCCCAGCGGGACAAGAAAGGCAAGGAGCACUUGGCACCCACCAUCCGUGCCACGGUCAACCAGUUCAACAAUGUGGCCAACUGUGUUAUCACCACCUGCCUCGGGGACCGGAGCAUGAAGGCCCCGGACAGGGCCAGGGUGGUGGAGCACUGGAUUGAGGUGGCCAGGGAGUGUCGCCUCCUCAAGAACUUCUCGUCGCUCUAUGCCAUCCUCUCUGCGCUACAGAGCAACUCAAUCCACCGUCUGAAGAAGACAUGGGAAGAGGUUUCCAGGGAGAGCUUCCGAAUCUUCCAGAAACUGUCGGAGAUUUUUUCAGAUGACAACAACUACUCCCUGAGCAGAGAGCUGCUCAUCAAGGAGGGGACCUCCAAGUUUGCCACCCUGGAGAUGAACCCUAAGAGAGCCCAGAAGCGGCCGAAGGAGACGGGUGUCAUCCAGGGCACCGUUCCCUACUUGGGGACAUUCCUCACUGACCUUGUCAUGCUGGACACUGCCAUGAAGGACUAUCUGUAUGGGAGACUGAUCAACUUCGAGAAGAGGAGAAAGGAAUUCGAAGUGAUCGCCCAGAUCAAGCUGCUACAGUCGGCCUGCAACAACUACAGCAUCGCGCCCGAGGAGCACUUUGGGGCCUGGUUUCGGGCCAUGGAGCGACUCAGUGAGACGGAGAGCUACAGCCUGUCGUGUGAGCUGGAGCCCCCAUCCGAGUCUGCCAGCAACACUCUCAAGACAAGAAAGAGCACGGCCAUUGUGAAGCGCUGGAGCGACCGCCAGGCCCCCAGCACAGAGCUCAAUACCAGCGGCAGCUCCCACUCCAAGUCCUGUGACCAGCUCAGGUGCGGCCCCUACCUCAGCAGCGGGGACAUGGCUGACGCACUCAGCGUCCACUCAGCUGGCUCCUCCAGCUCCGAUGUGGAGGAGAUCACCAUGAGCUUUGUCCCAGAGUCACCUGAUGGCCAGGAAAAGAAGUUCUGGGAGUCGACCUCCCAGUCCUCCCCGGAGACCUCCGGCAUCAGCUCAGCCUCCAGCAGCACUUCGUCCUCUUCAGCCUCCACCACACCCGUGGCCUCCACCCGCAGCCACAAGCGCUCCGUCUCGGGGGUCUGCAGUUACAGCCCCUCGCUGCCACUCUAUAACCAGCAGGUGGGCGACUGCUGCAUCAUCCGCGUCAGCCUGGACGUGGACAACGGCAACAUGUACAAGAGCAUCCUGGUGACCAGCCAAGAUAAGGCUCCAGCUGUAAUCCGCAAGGCCAUGGACAAACACAACCUGGAUGAGGACGAGCCAGAGGACUAUGAGCUGGUACAGAUUAUUUCAGAAGAUCGGAAGCUGAAGAUCCCUGAAAAUGCCAACGUGUUCUACGCCAUGAACUCCACCGCCAACUAUGACUUUGUCCUGAAGAAGCGAACCUUCACCAAGGGGGCAAAGGUCAAGCACGGAGCCAGUUCAACCCUCCCUCGCAUGAAGCAGAAAGGACUCAAGAUUGCCAAGGGCAUCUUCUAAGGGCAUCUCCCCAUGGUGUGGCUGGCCGGUAGCUAAGGACUAGAAUGAGCCAGGCCGGCUGGGCACCUUCUGCCCACCUGCCAGCCCAGGGCACCCCAGACUCAAGUUUCAUCCUGAACCUCCCCUGCUGCUGGGAUUGACGCCUGCUGUUCUACAGGCUGACCUGGCCUCCCGUGGACCACUCGCUGCCUUAGGUGCCUUCUGCUCUCUGGAACCAGAGGACUAGCUAACUUUGGCCAAGGAGCGCUGCCAACAGGCAUGGUACUCUGCCUGUCCCUGGGCACUGCCCUCUGUAUACUUCCUUGACACCUUCCCAGAUGUGGAUCACUGCCACCUGUGCCCAUAGGCACCCCAGAGUACCCACUCACCCACACCCACUGGAUCUGACCACUGCAAUUCUCUCCUUGUGCCCACGGGCAUUGUCCCGUGACCUUCGCAGGGGUUCUGGACCCUCCUCCCACCACUCUAGCCUUUCUCAGGCUGCACCAAAGAUUCCAUCAUCAGGGCCAAUUGAGAGUGAGGGAGUCUCACGCACCAUGUACCCCAGCCCUCCCCUAGGAGAGGAGAGAAAUCCUCUUCAUGGACCACACUCGCGGGUGAAUGAGGACAGUCCCAGCCGAGUCCCAUUGAUGUUGAAUCUUAUGCCACUGCAAGUGCCAUUCACCACUGCAUCCUGGGCUUUACAAGACCACAUGAGAUGGGGUUUAGUGGGGAAGGAGGGCUUGGGGGGAGGGGGAGGGCAACUGACUAUUUGUAUAAAAUGCAAAAAAAAAGUGUUUACCAAUUGGGGAGGGGCAAUAUUUAUUUCUUGUAAAUAGUAAAUGCUAGACUUGAAUAUUAUAUUAAAUUUCUGUUUCUACUACA